AUGGCUGCCAAUACUAAUACAUUUCGCAUUGUCAUCGUUGGUGGCGGCAUUGCAGGCCUCUCCUCGGCCAUCGCAUUGCGUGGGCCAAACCGGCACAUCACUGUGCUGGAACAAAGUCAUCUAAACAAGGAAAUUGGUGCAACGAUAUCGAUCGUUGAGAAGCAAUGGGGCCUAGAAGAUUCACUUGCCAAGAAGGGCUCCAUGGCCGACAAGGCGUUCCGCAUCUAUGACACAGACGGCAAACUUCACGCCGAGAUCCCAUUUCAUCUCAAGAAGAACUAUGGAGCCGAACGCAUGGUGUACCACAGGGUUGAUCUGCAUGAUGCACUUAAAGAGGCUGCAACAAGAGAAACACAAGAUGACGGCCCAGUUAUUGUACGUACUGGGUGCGUGGUUGCGAGUUGUGAUCCAGAAGCUGGCGUUGUGAAGCUUGAAUCCGGCGAGGAGGUCGUUGGAGACCUGGUCGUAGGUGCCGACGGCAUUAAGAGUGUCCUGAGACAGGCUGUCAUUGGAAAAGAGGCUCCCGCGAUACCUACCGGAUUAUCGGCGUAUCGACUCAUUAUUGACAGCUCGGAACUCGAGCAAGACAAAGACUUCACAUCCGUCAUCGACCCCAAAGAGUCGAUUACCACGAUGAUAAUGGGCCAUGACCGGAGAAUCAUCAUGGGCCCUGCUAGAAAUGGUUCGAUUUACAGCAUUGUUGCCAUGGUCCCAGAUGAUCAAAUGCAAGAGAAUGCAGAAGGCAAGUCCUGGACGACCAAGGGAGAUCCCGAAAAGCUCAGGGAAACUUUUAAAGUAUUCCCUCCUUGGGCAAGAGCUGUCUUCAAGAACUGCACCGAAGUUGGCCUGUGGCAAUUACGUGAUCUUGAUCCUCUGAAGACAUGGCAUAAAGGACGCACUAUCAUCAUUGGCGACGCAAGCCACCCGAUGCUUCCGACCCAAGGCCAAGGCGCCAGCCAGAGUGUCGAAGACGCAGAAGCGCUCGGGGCCAUCUUCUCCGAUGUUAAGACUAAGCCAACGGAGGAUGAGACCGUUUUCGAGUGCCGAUGCGAUCGCGCAACGCUCAUUCAGGGCUACAGCAGACAGUCAGGCAAGCCAGCAACUGACAAGUCCACCAACAAAAUCACAAUGAACCCCGGAGAGUUCAUGGAUUACAACUGCAAUUACGGCGGGGCACGAGCGUGGAUGGAGAAGCAGGCCAAGCUGAAGGAGUUGGCUGCGAUUCCUGACCACAAGCACCAGGGCGCAGCCGCCCUUGCGACAAACAUGACGGCUCUCACCCUUCACUACGGUUGUGCACUGGGCGUCGCUCUAGUCCCAGCUGUUUCAACACUUGCACAACUCCGCCGAGUAACAGACAAUAGAGUACGACCAUUACCACAAAAUCAAUCAAACCCACGAUUAAUUCUUUUACUUGUCACUUUUUCUACACUUGUUUCAGAAUUUUUUAUCACCGCUAAUCAACCAAACGCGUUGGAAACUGAACAACCUCAUUUGGUUCAUCUCUUUGUGUCUGUUUUCGCUUGGACAGUCGUUGUUUUUCGUCGCCAUGGACGCGGCUUUUCUCUAAGCGUUCCCGCCGCCACAGUUCUCUUUGAAACUCCACUACUAGUUUUGACCGCUGUUGGCGAUCUCAACUCCACCCGACAAAUCGCCAUACUCUGCUGCCAGGCAGUCCGCCUACUGGCUGUGUUGCUCCUUCUCUCGGUCCGGCUAAGUCAAUCACUCAGCAAGAAUCAACAAGAUGCCUCGGAAGAAAGCCAGCCAUUCCUCCGGGCGAGUUCUAUCGACAGAAGCGAUUCGACUUGUUACGGCAGCGUGCCAUUUAGCGAUGAUACUGAGACGGAAGUGGCCAGCAAGGACUCCGAAUCUGAUUCCGAAGAUGACGAGGAUGACAGCGCCAGCAUCAAACGUCGCCGUGCUAAGCGACUUAGGGAGACCGGAGGCUGGCUUGGUUACAUCAAAGACUUUGCCAUCUUUCUGCCUUAUCUGAUCCCAAAGAAAGACCGGAAAGUCCAGCUCUCCAUCUUCCUUUGCUUGCUUUCCAUCGCUGGAAGGAGAGUUUUGAACGUCUUGAUCCCAAGUCAGUUAGGCCGCGUUACGGAUGAGAUCCUCAACAACCAGGCUCCUUACGGAACUCUGGCCAUCUGGCUGGGGUUGGUCAUCCUCAAGGAUGACGCAGGCCUCGGUCUCCUUGACGCGCUCGCCAAGAUCCCGAUCAAGCAAUUUUCUUAUCGCCAAGUUACCAACGCUGCUUUUGGUCACGUCAUGGGCCUGUCAAUGGAGUUUCACUCUGAAAGAGAUUCAGCUGAAGUGAUGAAGGCCAUUGAGCAGGGCGAGUCACUCACCAACGUCCUGGACACCGCCGUCAACGAGAUACUCCCUACCGUCAUCGACUUGUUUGUCGCGUUUUGGCUGCUUUACUGGAAGUUCAAUGUCUACCUCGCUCUUGCCAUGGCAUUGGCUGCGGCAGCGUUCAUGACGCUUGAAGUCUAUACAUCCAGCAUGAACAUCAAGAACAAGCGCGCCUCAAGCAAGGCAGAGAGAGAAGAGGCCAGGGUCAUGCACCAGGCUGUUCAGGGUUGGCAGACUGUCACUUACUUCAACAUGUUUGGCUACGAGAAGCGUCGCUUUGGCGAGACUGUUGAGUCUCGACUUGAAGCCAGUCGUAGGUACGGCAUUGGCGACGCGCUUGUUCAAGGCCUUCUCGACAUGGCCGUUCCGCUCACCUUCUUCGUUCUUGCCAGCCUGGUUUUGCGCGAGAUCUCGCAAGGCAGAGCCACUGCGGGCGACUUUGUCUUUCUGCUUCAGUACUGGGACUAUCUGGUCUGGCCGUUGAAGUGGCUUUCGCACGAUUACCGAUACUUGAUGAAUGACUUGGUCGAUGCCGAACGUCUUCUCAAUCUCCUCCAAACCAAGUCAACAAUCGUCGAAAGUGAGAACGCGAGGGAGCUGAGGGACGUCAAGGGGCACGUCGAGUUCGAGGAUGUCAGCUUCUCUUACGAUCCAAGACGGCCGACGAUCCAGGACCUGAACAUGUCAGCUGCGCCAGGGCAUACGAUUGCCCUAGUUGGAGAGACUGGUGCGGGCAAGUCCUCCAUUAUGAAGCUCUUACUUCGAUUCUACGACGUGACUUCCGGACGCAUCACCAUCGACGGCCACGACAUCCGCGGCAUCACUCUCAGCUCACUUCGAGAUGCCCUCGGCGUCGUCCCGCAGGAUCCCUUGCUGUUCAACGCGACAGUGAUGGAAAAUCUCCGCUACGCCCGGCCGAUGGCCACCGAUGAGGAGAUCUUCGAUGCCUGCCGAGCGGCCGCAAUCCACGACAGAAUCUUGUCGUUUGCGGAUGGCUACCAAAGUCGUGUGGGAGAGCAGGGUGUCAAGUUAUCAGGUGGUGAGAUUCAGCGACUGGCUAUUGCUCGAGUUUUCUUGAAGGAUCCGCCAAUCCUUAUUCUCGAUGAGGCUACCAGCGCGGUAGACACCAAGACGGAGUCGAGCAUUCAGGGUGCGUUGGACGUGUUGAAGGAGGGCAGGACGACCUUCGUCAUUGCACAUCGACUAUCUACGGUUGUUAGUGCAGACAAGAUCAUUGUGGUUCACGAGGGAAGGGUGGUGGAGAGUGGAACUCAUAAUGAGUUGCUGACUCUUGGAGGCAGAUACAUGGAUCUGUGGACAAGGCAAAUCGGCGGUAACUCGGAGAAGGCCACAUCAUUAUAG